AUCAACUAUUUUGCAGAUUUGUGAAAACUUUUGGUGAAUAUCAACUAUUUUGCAGAUCUGUGAAAACUUGUGGUGAAUAUCAACUACAGUUUUCAACAUCAUUAGGAGGAUCUAUAUAACAAUGCAAACAGAGAAAGUCAGAACAAAAUCUUUACUACAAAAUGCCUGAAGUGAAGGAAAGGUUUAAAUGUGAUACGUGCGAUUUUGCAUCUCAAACAUUGAGUCGUCUGAAGGGUCAUUUGAGAAUACAUACAGGAGAAAAACCCUAUAAAUGUAAUCUGUGCGAUUAUGCAGGUAAUCGAAAAGCUUACCUAAAGAAUCACAUGACCGUGCAUACAGGCAAUAAAUGCUUCAAAUGUAAUGUCUGUGAUUAUGCAUGUAACCGAAGUGAUCAUCUGAAACGACACUCGAGAAAACAUACAGGAGAGAAGAUAUUUAAAUGUGGCAUUUGUGAUUAUGCAUAUAAUGAUAGCAGUUACCUGAAGAUACAUAUGAGAAAACAUACAGGAGAGAAACAGUUAAAAUGCAAAGUAUGUGGUUAUGUAUGUUAUUGGAACAGUAUUCUGAAGAGCCAUAAGAGAAUACAUACAGGAGACAAAUGCUUUAAAUGUGAGAUUUGUGAUUUUGCAUGUACCGACCGCAGUAAUCUGAAGAGUCAUAUGCUGAGACACACCGGAAAGAAAAGUUUUAAAUGUGAUGUUUGUGAUUAUGCAUUUUAUAGGAGGUAUGAGCUCAAAGUUCAUAUGAGAAAACAUACAGGAGAGAAACAGUUUAAAUGCAAGAUAUGUGAUUAUGCCUGUAACAGAAGUAAUGCUCUGAAAAGCCAUAUGAACAUGCAUAUGGAAGAAACAUGUUUAAAAUGUGAUGAUUGUGAUUAUGCAUGUAUCAGACAUUAUACUCUGAAAAUGCAUGCACUGAGACAUACUGGAAAGAAAAAUUUUAAAUGUGAUGUUUGUAGUGAUGCAUUUUAUAUGAGUUUUGAACUAAAAAAGUAUAAAGGAAAACAUACAGGAGAGAAACAGUUAAAAUGCAAUAUAUGUGGUUAUGCAUGUAAUCAACGUUGUAGAAUGAUGAUCCAUAUGAGAAUACAUACAGGAGAAAAAUGCUUUAAAUGUAACAUUUGUGAUUAUGCAUGUACCACCCGCAGUAAUCUGAAGAGACAUACACUGAGACACACUGGAAAGAAAGGUUUUAAAUGUGCUGUUUGUGAUUAUGCAUCCUAUACCAGUUAUAGGCUUAAAGUGCAUACGAGAAAGCAUACAGGAGAUAACAAUUUUAAAUGUGACGUUUGCAAUUCUGCAUUUAAGUCGAAAAGGACUUUGACAUCUCACAUUAGAAAACAUAUUUGAGGGAAACGCUUCAGCUGGGAUUUUUAUGACUGUGUGAUCUAAAUGCGUAUAUGACAAUACAUACAGGAGAUAAUUAAGUAUUUGUAAUUAUUCGUGUAAUUCAAGCUGUUGUCUGAAGACGCAUGUUAAAAUAUAUACAGGAGAGAAUAACUGUUUUAAAUGUUGUGUUUGUGAUUAUGUAUGUCACCAUAGCAAUAAUCUGAAAUGGUAAAUUGCAUACAUGUCACUCAAGCAGUUUCCCCAAAAAGCAUAUGCAAAAACAAAACGGGGAGAAAGUCUUUAAAUGAGAUAGUUAUGAUAUAAUGCAAAAGGUAGUCUGAAGCAACAUAUGAGAAAACUGAUAAAAAUGUGACGUUUGUGGUUAUGCAUUCAAAGAGGCGGACAUCGGUACAUGUGAGAAUACAUGAUACAGGAGACUCCGGUAUAGAAAUGUUUUAAUUGUGACUUGCUUGUAAAUAAAGCAGUAAUCUGAAAACACACAUAAGAAAAAAAUAACAUAAUUUAAAAUUAUUCUUGAGUUCUAUUCAAUAUGUCUCUUACAAGAUUCCGUAAAUGCACUUUUCUUUUUCAUAAUGUACCAUAAAACAAAUAUGACUGUAGUUAACAUUCGAUGUAGGGGAAAAACUUGUUCGCAGAUAUUUAAACAUUACCAAGGUGUGACGCCGACCAUUUACACUUAUUUUAAUUAUUUGCUUUGUUUUCGGUAACAUGCUUAAGAAAUAGGGAAUGUAGGUCGGAUUUUCAGCUCGACUAUUCGAAGAAUAAGUAAAGCUUUCCUAUUCAUCACGGCGUCGCACCUUGGUUAUGUUUUUCUUACUAGUCCGCAUUUUGAAAAGUCUUUUGAGAUACAGCUUUGAACCGUUCAGCACUUGUUUACCAUCACCAUGUCCAGUUAUAGACAAGAGUACAUAACUCCAUCAAGGAUGCUGGCUGAGUUAUGUCCCAUUUUGACUUAGAAAUCAUGGUUAAGUUUUUCGUACCUGUCCACAUUUUGUCAAAGCCUUUUGAGAUAAAGCUUUGAAACUGUCAGCACUUGUUAAGCAUCACCAUGUCCAGUUAUAGGCAAGAGUACAUAACUCCAUCAAGGAUUUUGGCUGAAUUAUGGCCCCUUUCGACUUCGAAAUUUUGGUUAAGUUUUUCGAACCAGUUCAUAUUUUGACAAAAUCUUUUGAGAUAAAACAUUGAAAUUUUCAACACUUUUUUUACAUCACCAUAUCCAAUUAUAGGCAAUAGUACAUAACUCCAUCAAGGAUUUUGGCUGAAUUAUGUUCUCUUUUGACGUAGAAACCUUGAUUAAAUUUUUCGUACCAGUCCACAUUUUGACAAAGUCUUUUGAGAUAAAGCUUUGAACCUUUCAACAGAAUCAACACUGGUUGAUAAUCACCAUGUCCAGUUAUAGGCAAGAGUACAUAACUCCAUCAAGGAUUUUGGCUGAAUUGUGGCCACUUUUAACUUAAAAAUCAUGGUUAAGUUUUUCGUACCGGUUCAUAUUUUGUGUAAAAGUGUUUGACAUAUGGCUUUGAAACUUUGUUCAGUAUUAUAGUGUCUAUCUAAAAGAGUACAUAACUCUAUCAUCUAUUUUGGCUGAAUUAUGGCCCGUUUUGGUUUGAAAAU